CCUUGGCCGCCAGGUUCGUGGCUGGCUGGCCGCUGCUGUCACUCCCCGGCCGUUUCCCUGCGGCCAGCGCUCUACUUGGGGCGGGAGGAAGAGGGGCCGGACUGGGGCCUGACGAGCCGUCGCCGUCUUCGCGGCUGCUAUGACCAGCGGGCUAGGCGCCCUCCGCAGCUCCGCGCAACGCUAGUCGCGGCCGUGCGCCCGCCGUAGCCGUCUGCGUCCCCAGCGCGGCCGCUCCCGCGGCCCCCUCGGCUCUGCCGGCGCCGCCUGCGAGGCGAGGCGAGGCGGAGGCAGGAUGAAGAUGACGGUGGAUUUCGAGGAGUGUCUGAAGGACUCGCCCCGCUUCAGGGCAGCUUUGGAAGAAGUAGAAGGUGAUGUGGCAGAAUUGGAACUAAAACUUGAUAAGCUUGUGAAGCUUUGUAUUGCAAUGAUUGAUACUGGAAAAGCCUUUUGUGUUGCAAAUAAACAGUUCAUGAAUGGGAUUCGAGACCUGGCUCAGUAUUCUAGUAACGAUGCUGUAGUUGAGACAAGUUUGACCAAGUUUUCCGACAGUCUUCAAGAAAUGAUAAAUUUUCACACAAUCCUGUUUGACCAAACUCAGAGAUCAAUUAAGGCACAGCUUCAGAACUUUGUUAAAGAAGAUCUUAGAAAAUUCAAAGAUGCCAAGAAGCAAUUCGAAAAAGUCAGUGAAGAAAAAGAAAACGCAUUAGUAAAAAAUGCCCAAGUACAAAGAAACAAACAACAUGAAGUUGAAGAAGCCACCAACAUUCUGACAGCAACAAGAAAAUGUUUUCGACAUAUAGCCCUCGAUUAUGUGCUUCAGAUUAAUGUUCUUCAAUCAAAAAGGAGAUCAGAAAUCCUAAAAUCAAUGUUGUCAUUUAUGUAUGCCCAUUUGGCCUUCUUUCAUCAAGGAUAUGAUCUGUUUAGUGAACUUGGACCCUACAUGAAGGAUCUUGGUGCACAGUUGGAUCGACUGGUUGUGGAUGCAGCAAAGGAGAAAAGAGAAAUGGAGCAAAAACAUUCCACCAUUCAACAAAAGGAUUUCUCCAGUGAUGAUUCUAAGUUAGAAUAUAACGUAGAUGCUGCAAAUGGCAUAGUUAUGGAAGGAUAUCUGUUCAAACGAGCCAGCAAUGCCUUCAAAACUUGGAACAGGCGCUGGUUUUCAAUACAGAAUAAUCAGUUGGUUUACCAGAAAAAAUUUAAGGAUAAUCCGACUGUAGUAGUUGAAGACCUCAGGCUCUGCACAGUGAAACAUUGUGAAGACAUAGAGCGACGAUUCUGCUUUGAGGUGGUCUCACCAACAAAAAGCUGUAUGCUCCAGGCAGAUUCCGAAAAGCUGCGCCAGGCAUGGAUUAAGGCUGUUCAGACCAGUAUUGCUACUGCUUAUAGAGAGAAGGGUGAUGAAUCAGAGAAGCUGGAUAAGAAAUCAUCUCCAUCCACAGGAAGCCUAGAUUCUGGAAGUGAGUCAAAAGAGAAAUUAUUGAAAGGAGAAAGUGCGCUUCAGCGGGUUCAGUGUAUCCCUGGCAAUGCCAGCUGUUGUGACUGUGGCCUGGCAGAUCCACGGUGGGCCAGCAUCAACCUGGGCAUCACCUUGUGUAUCGAGUGCUCCGGAAUUCACCGGAGUCUUGGGGUUCAUUUUUCAAAAGUACGAUCUUUAACCUUAGACACCUGGGAGCCGGAACUUUUAAAGCUUAUGUGUGAGUUGGGGAAUGAUGUUAUAAAUCGAGUUUAUGAAGCUAAUGUGGAAAAAAUGGGAAUAAAGAAGCCACAACCAGGACAAAGACAGGAGAAGGAGGCAUAUAUCAGAGCAAAAUAUGUGGAGAGGAAAUUUGUGGAUAAAUAUUCUAUAUCAUUGUCACCUCCUGAGCAGCAAAAAAAGUUUGUCUCUAAAAGUUCUGAAGAAAAGAGGCUGAGCAUUUCUAAAUUUGGGCCAGGGGACCAAGUCAGAGCAUCUGCCCAAAGUUCAGUCAAAAGUAAUGACAGUGGAAUUCAGCAGAGCUCUGAUGAUGGAAGAGAAUCUUUACCCUCCACAGUGUCAGCCAAUAGUUUAUAUGAACCUGAAGGAGAAAGGCAAGAUUCUUCUGUGUUUCUGGACUCGAAACAUCUUAAUCCAGGACUUCAGCUUUAUAGGGCAUCAUACGAAAAAAACCUUCCUAAAAUGGCUGAGGCUUUGGCUCAUGGCGCAGAUGUGAAUUGGGCCAAUUCCGAGGAAAACAAAGCAACACCACUUAUUCAGGCUGUAUUAGGGGGCUCUUUGGUGACAUGUGAGUUCCUCCUACAGAAUGGUGCUAAUGUCAACCAAAGAGAUGUCCAAGGGCGGGGACCGUUGCACCAUGCCACCGUCUUAGGGCACACAGGGCAGGUAUGUUUAUUCCUAAAACGAGGUGCCAAUCAACAUGCCACUGAUGAAGAAGGGAAAGACCCUUUGAGUAUAGCUGUGGAAGCAGCCAAUGCUGAUAUAGUAACCUUGUUACGUUUAGCAAGAAUGAAUGAAGAGAUGCGGGAAUCAGAAGGACUUUAUGGACAGCCAGGUGAUGAAACUUACCAGGACAUAUUUCGUGAUUUUUCCCAAAUGGCAUCCAAUAAUCCAGAGAAACUAAAUCGUUUCCAGCAAGAUUCACAGAAAUUCUGAAUUUUUUUAAAAAUGGGAAAAUAUGAAAUCUGGUGACCCCCUAAUGUAUAUAGCUAAAAAUUCACAAUUUUUUAUUGCUUUAAUUCUACUAAAUUUUGGUAGAUAUUGAAUGGCUUGGAAAAAAGGUACCCAUUCAUAUAUUUACAAAUUAAAACAUAGUUAUCUAGUAGUUGGAGAGGAACCUAAUUUAGGACCUCUUUUAUUAAAAAAGCCUAUUUUAAGGGCUAUUUCUGUAGAUAAAAGUUCAGUCUAGAUUUAGGCCGUCUCUAGGUUACAAGAUGCUAGGAGGUUAGACGGAAAUGAUUCUUUUGCCAAUGGGUGGUAGCAUUGAAUGUUUUUCCACUGUGCAUCUUGCCCAGGAUCAUUCAGUCAAGCAUGUCUUCAUCAAGUGGGAGCCAGCUGUCCUGCCUGCCUCAAGAAUAUGUUUUUUCUUUAGCUUUCCUGAUGAUUUUUGGUGGUUCAGAAGUAGGUGUGUGUGUUUAUGUGUUUUGGUAACCUAGCUUUCAUACACUCAGUAUAUGAUUUAUUAGAACCAGAGAAUGUGUUUUCCCCAUGUGUUCAUAAAUGCAGUUAUACUUCUUAGAUGACAGGUUAUUGUCCAGUACUUUAAUGUACGUAUGUAUAAUGGCUGUACAGGUAGACCAUAAUUCAGUCCUUUAGAUUCAUUUUAUGCAGCAAAAAGACGCUCUUUUCUUUUUUUUUUUUUAACACAAAAAAAAAAACCCAGUUCAAAAUGUGUAGUUCUUCCUUGUUGGGUUGAUUUCCUGAAGCCUUGACAGAUGUAGCGAUGUAAUAAAACUGUGUCUAACAGGUUACUUGAAUGUUGCAAAAUUAUGCUUUCAUCAAAACUUAACUUUUAAAGGAAAAAUCAGUUUAUAAAAUAAUAUAGGCCAUUUUUAUAUUUGAAAUUUGUCCUUUUAAAGAUAUAGUUUUGCUGUUGCUCCUAGUGAAAGAAUCUCUUUACAAAGGAGAAAAAGAACUCCACUUAUUCUUAGUUAAUACUAAAAUAUAUAGCAAUAAAUUGCUGUUUAUUUUUUUCUACAUCUAUUUUGUGUACUUGUACACAGUGUACAUUCUUUUAAAUUAUAUCAUGUAUAUAGCUUUAGUGUUCGGUUACAUGAUUCACAGACCCCUGAAUUCCAAAAUAUUAUGGAUAAACAUAUUAGCAUUUAUAUGCCACAAAUUAGUCUGAUUUCAUCUUUGAAAUGUCUUAUCAAGUAUAAAAUAAUUAAUUUGCCUUUUUUUUUUUUUGAGAUGGCGUCUUGCUCUGUCACUGAGGCUGGAGUGCAGUGGCGCGAUCUCAGCUCACUGCAGCCUCUUCCUCCCGGGUUCACGCCAUUCUCCUGCCUCAGCCUCCCAAGUAGCUGGGACUACAGGCACCCACCACCAUGCCUAGCUAAGUUUUGUGUUUUUAGUAAAGACGGGUUUCACCAUUUUGGCCAGGUUGGUCUCAAACUCCUGACCUCAGAUGAUCAGCCCGCUUUGGCCUCCCAGAGUGCUGGGAUUACAGGCAUGAGCUACUGCACCCAGCCUAAUUUGCCUUUUGAUUCCUUUCCAUUGUGGUCAACACUUAAGUUUAUUCUUCUUUUAGAAAUUAUAUGUAAAUGAUAUUGAUACUUUCUAAAUAAAAGAGGUUUUUAAAUAUAUAAAUAUUUUAUGAUCCAAUUAUAGAUAAAUUUUCUAACAUUUCCCAGUAACUAGAGUUUUACAAAUUGAUUGAACAUCAAAUCAGAAUCUAGCCAAGCGGGAAUUAUAUUGAAAUUAGUUCACAUCACAGAAAAGGUUCCAUAAUUUGGCCAACUUGCAUGCACGCAAUGCUUAUUUAGUAAUAGUCACUAUAUGUUAGAUGAGGAUAAAAAUAUAUUUGUGAAUUAUUUCUGAGCAAAUGCUAACUCCCACAGCGUUGUAUUUAAUUAUAACAAUAACAGGAACAUUAAAUUUUUAUCUUUGCUGUGUGAUCUCAAAGUCAUAGAUCAUCUGGCUUUUUAGGUACCUUCACUAAAGGCAAAAAUCUGAUUUGUAGUUUUUAUUAGCGUGUACCUUGAAAUUAUUUGACCAAGAAGCUCAAAGAAAAGAAGUAUGUUAAAGAAAAAGAAAGAAACCUCACUUUUCCUUGAUAGUGCCCCUGCCUGUUUUAAUCCCAGGACUUCAUUCCUAAAGAUCCUGACCUUUGUCUGAGGAAAUCUAGGCAGUUUUCCUUUUGGAUCUGGCCAUUGGUACGUGCUUCAGAUCACCUCUGGAGUCUCUGUGGUUGCAAAGGCAAUUCCUUAUGACACGCUUACCUCCUGCAGCUUGAGUUAUGAAUUGUUAAUGUGGCAGUAAUUAGUAUCUACUUAAAUUUAGUGGUCAGAAAUGUAUUUGAAGUGCCCUAAAGAUGAUCAUGGUUCAGAGUAUCUUCAGAGAAAGCAAAAUCUUUAAUAUUGCAGGGAGGCUGGCAAUACAGAAAUACAUUUCUGUGACUUCAUUUCUUGAAUAUGCUGAGACCCAAUGUGGACUGCAUUUGGCAGAAAUGAUGGAGUAAACAGCAAGGCUUUAAAUUAAAUUAAUAGUUACAAGGUAGGUUGGCUCUUAGGUGAAUUUAGCCAUGUCAACUAAUAGCUUUUCUAUGGUGUGUAACAAAUCUGAGUUAUGUUAUGCUGUGAAUUAUUCAGUGCAUUAUAAGCAAUCAUAGUUUAAACAAUGUUAAUCAUGCUUUUGGGCUUCAUUGGUCAAUGUAAUUGGCCUUUUUAUUUUCUUUCCAUAACUUAUCUGCUAUUAUUAAUUUCUUAUUCCUUAUUAAUCUGUUAGCUCAUUAUCUUUAGCUUACUAACUUAAAAAUUAGAUUAAUACCAAAAUAAGAAUAGCACUAUGAAGAGUUAAUAAAAUGCAAUUUCAUGUUAGAGCUAGAAUAAAAGUAAUUGAGCAGUUAUUUGCAGUGUUUCAUUACAACAUUUAUGUGCUUAAGAUUUCUAAGGUUUUAAAAGUUACCUUUAAUACAAUCCUUAGAAAUUCAGAAAUUUCCUGAUAUUAGAUUAUGGUGUUUGCCUAAUUUAUACUGGUUUUCACUGUAGAUUUUAAUGAACUUUGAUUGGUUACUUUUCCAGACAUACAGAUUUAAUUUGGAAUGUGAACUUUGGUUCUUCAUGAGUGCAUUUUGAAAAAGAAAAAAAUACACAUUCAGAAUCUGGCCAAUUUAAGUUUGUAUUUUAAAAAUAUUUUAUGCAUGUUAAGUAUGGUCGCAGUAAAUUGUGUGUAAGACUAAAUUUACUACCAUUUUGAAUAAUCAAACAUUCCCAGAUCAUCCUUAUAUUGUCAGAUAACACUUCUGUAUAAUAUCACUUUGGACCAUGGACAUGAGCUGGAAGAAUGAUGUAUUUUUAUAGACUGUAUGUCCAGAAUGACUUUAGAACCGCAUGAUACAGUGGAAGGAGCACUGGACUAGUAGUCACUACCCUUUUUGGAUUCAGGGCUCCUCACAAUUAAAAUGAGUGCAAUGAAACAAGGUGAAAACAUAAAAACAUCCCUUUGUAUACUGUUUUGCUACUCACAGUGUACUUUGGCAUUGCUUUAUCUCCCUGGAUUCUCACGGUAGGAUUUCUGAGAUCUUAAUCUAAGAGCUCCGAAGUUGUCUACUUUUUUGACCCUAGGGUGCUCCUUUUGUUUUACAAAGCAGGGUCAUUUGAUUUGCUAGCUGGUGGCAGAGUUGGCACCAUUACCCAGGUCUGACUACCAGUCAGAGGCACUUUAUUUGUAUCAUGAAAUGAUUUGAAAUCAUUGUAAAGCAGCAAAGUCUGAUAAUGAAUGCCAGCUUUCCUUGUGCUUUGAUAACAAAAACUCCAAAUAAUCCAGAGAACCGGAAUAAAAGUUUGAAGGGCUCGAUUGGGAUUUGAAGACAAAAUUGUAGGAAAUCUUACAUUUUUGUCAUAACAAACAUUAAUGAAAGCAAAACAUUAUAAAAGUAAUUUUAAUUCACCAUAUACUUAUCAAUUUAUUGAUGCUUCCAGAUGACAUCUACAGAUACGGUUUUGUGGACAUCUUUUUCUGUUUACAUAAAUUUAUCCACUUAAAAUGUGAUAAUGUGGAGACAAAGCGAGGUUUGAUGACAUAAACUUUUCUCUGCAUUGGUCUUUUCACUAUCUUAUUUGCUAAAUUUCUUGAUUUUCUUCAACCUCCCCACCCUCCAUUUUUUGGAUAUUAAACAGGGAAAGCUUGCUACAUUAUAAAGGUUGUUGGCACCAUUUAUUUUACACAAAGGCUAAAGGUUAACUUUUGGAAAUGAUGAGCUACUUUUAUAUAUGUGUUUACUCGUGCUUUGUGAUAUUUCUGGAUCAUUCCAGUCAUAAAGACUUAUUACAUGUACUAUUUCUUGCUACCUGUGAAAAGGUAUAUUUUAAAGAAUGUAUAACCAACAGUCCAUUUACUUUUUAUUAGUAUGUAGAGGAUUUGUAUCUAAUUCAUGAAUGUAGUUUUACAAUAGUUUGUCAUUAUAAAUGGAGCAAAGUACAUUAUCUUUAUUCCAAAAUGUACAUUAUGUAAGAAUUGUAAAUAUACUUGAUUAAGUACUUUGUAUGCCAAAAAAUUACAAUAAGUCAAUAAAAAUCUCACCUCUGGCUUA